GCUCGAUGGUUGUCGAUGGCUUAAACUUAAACAUUUUAUUCAUACAAAAGCGCAUGUUAUGAAUUACUUUGAUAGCCGAUCGCCGCUUUGUGAAUUUAUUGUGAUUGUACUUGUUGCCUGUUGCAGCCGUUCUAUCUUUCAGCGUUUAAUUGAAUAAAAGAACAGUUCAUAGUAAAUAUACACUCCCAAAAUGUCAGAGUCUAAAAUAAACGAGCUUAAAAGCGACAUUGAUGAGCUUAAUCUAUUACUUAAACAAGCUAAACGAAAAAGAGUUCAAGACCUCUUGUCCGUUGAAGUAAGGAAAUUGGAAACCGAAUGGAUCAGUUUGAGGGAUAGUGCUAAAUCUUCGACUACUCCCAUGGAUGUUAGUCCGAUACCCACAACAUCUUCAGUUCAAGAAAAACGAUACCAGAUUAAACUAAAUGGAUAUGGUUGGGAUCAAUCAGACAAGUACAUAAAGGUAUUUGUUACACUUAAAAAUGUCCACAGCCUACCAAAAGAACAGGUUUACUGUAAGCUGACGGAUAAAUCUAUGGAACUUAUAGUUGAGAAUUUGGAUAACAAGGAUUAUAUUUUGGUCAUAAACAAGUUGCUUGAACCUAUCAAUGUUGGUGAGAGUCACUGGAAGCAAAAGACUGACAUGGUGGUUAUUUUCUUGGCGAAACAGAAUCCGAUGAGCAAAUGGUCACAUAUGACAGAGAUUGAAAGGAAGUUUGAAGAUCAAAAGUCCAACCGUUUCAAGAACGAUGACCUUGACAAAAAGGAUCCCCAGGACUCUAUUAUGAGUCUUAUGAAGAACAUGUAUGAAACAGGUGAUGAUGAAAUGAAACGAAUGAUCUCUAAGGCGUGGUAUGAGGGACAACAAAAGAAAAAGGACUCAACAAUAGAUCUAUAAUUUUUUAUUUAAAUUAGUUUGUUUCUAUAUGUUUUAAGUGUAAUACUUUUGAUAAUAAUUUCUGUUUUCUUUUUUACAUAAGCUUAUAUGCUAUCUACAUAAGAUUUACACAACAUUGUGGACAGCCGCAGCUUCAAUAAAGUUGGUAGAAAUCAUCAAAUACACAUCUAUGUAUGUAUUUUAUUGAUAAUAUCUGGGAUAUUGUCAAAACACCAUUGGGCAGAACUUUCAUUUCUUUCCUUUCCUUUUGAAAUGUUUAAUUAAAUGAUAAUGACUAGUAUCAAUGAAUUUAUUCAAAAGCCCACCAAACUAUCACACUUAUGAAUUGAAAUUUCAAUAAAAAAUUAUUCCAGCAGUAUUCCAGCUUGGAUUCGUCUAGAAAGUUGUUCAUAGUAAGACAAUGAGAUAGUAAUUUUACUACAAAAAGUUGCAAACCAAUGAAAGUAUGAAUUUAAUCAUUAAUAAAUCUUAUAAUUUA